UAGUGAUGGUAGGCUAUGGAGUUGAAAGUGUAAAUAUUUUCUUAUUUUUGAGAAAUCUUGAAAUUUUUCUGGGCUUGAAAUUGAAUUCAUACAGUGCUGUGAUGUGUGAUGAGUGAUGUCUCACUUCAGCAAUGAAAUUUAGGACAUUGAUAUUUAUAUAUUCUUCAGUGUUUGAGUGAUAUUUCCAGUUAUUCGAGUGCUUAUCGUACUAGAAUAUGUUGUUGCAUGUGAAAUAUUAUUGAGAAUCGUAUGUAAUAGUAUAUUUAUAUUUGUUUGUUAUCACUGCUUAUCUUAUCACACCAGACCUAUUCUUAAAUCUUUGUGAUAUCAACAUCCAUCUGACUUUCAGUUCUUCAGUGUGAUUUAAAAAUGGAUACAUUGAAAUUUUACUUCGUAACUUGGAAUGUGGCAACUAGGUCACCUAACCAAGACCUUAAUUCACUUCUGGAUUUUCCAUCUCAGUUUAAUAAACAAAAGGUAUUGCCUGACUUUUAUGUUAUUGGGUUGCAAGAAGUAAAGUCUCAGCCACAGAAUAUGAUAAUGGAUAGUUUGUUUACUGACCAGUGGACAUCCAUGUUUAAUAAAAUUCUGUGUAGGCAAGGCUUUAUAAUUGCUAAAAGUAUCAGGCUCCAAGGAAUCAUUUUGUUAGUUUACACACAAAUGAAACAUAUAACUCAUCUGAGAGAUAUUGAGGCUCAGUAUACCAAAACUGGCUUGGGAGGAUUGUGGGGUAACAAAGGUGCAGUGAGUGUGAGGUUUAAUAUAUAUGGUUGUUCCAUCUGUCUUGUUAACUGUCAUUUGACAGCCCACGAACACCUUCUUGCAGACAGAAUAGCAGACUAUAAUACUAUAAUAAAGGACCACACAUAUCAUAUAAGUGAAACAUCUAAUAUACUGUAUCAUGACUACGUUUUCUGGAUUGGAGAUCUCAAUUUCCGCACUGACCACCCGUCCGGCAAGAGUCCAACUUCUGAAGAAAUUGUUGCAAAAUUAGAGAAGAUAGAAAAGGAUAAAUACACUUCGUUAUUGAAACAUGACCAACUGUUAGCUGUCAUGGAGAGCGGAGAGGCAUUCUCCGAGUUCUCGGAGGCUGAAAUAAAAUUUCCACCGACAUACAAGUUCCUAAUGAGCUCAGAUAAUUAUGACUUGAAAAGGAAGCCAUCUUGGACUGAUAGGAUAUUGUACAAAGUUAUUGAAAAUAAUUAUGAAAACGUCAAGUUGAAGGCGGAACUGAUAUCGUACAACCAUUUGCCACACUAUUUAGUCAGUGAUCACAAGCCGGUGAUUGGGCAAUUUAAUAUUAAGGUGUUUUCUAACUACACGGAGAAGACUGUAGAGUUCGCGCCGAUAUCUCGUAUCUGGUACAUCGGGGACGCUGACUUUAGAACGCAGUGCACCCUAUCUCCAGAUGUAGAGAUCAAUCCAAACGAUUGGAUUGGUAUUUAUGAUGCGAAUUUCUACAAUUUGGAGGACUACAUAGCGUAUGAGUAUCUCGCUAAAGUGAGCCUGCCACAGUCUUCUACGGAGCCGGGCCAGGCCAGGACAAUCACGUUGAGCUUCGCUGUGGGCAGCGGUGUGAGAACCCCGGGCUUCUAUCGGUUCAUAUACUUCAGCCAACCGAAUAAUGACGUGCGCAGUGUUUUAGGUAUAUCAGAGCCGUUCGAGGUAAGUAGCAAAGAGGACAAAAUGGUCACACUCGAUCCGUGUCUCGAGGCCUCGUGUAGCUCAUCGCCUGGUCGUUCCAAAGCUGCCACAGACGCGUUCACAGACUUCGCUGGUCUGGAUGUGUCCAAGUUGUCGCGCCACAUAUCGAAUGACCUGAGCAUCGACUGACUAAAGUGGUACCUGCCUGGCUCGCCAGCGAAACGGAAGGAUUGAGGGUAGUUGUAAAUUUAGCGUUAUUAGUAUCAACUGGUUGUAGAUAUUAUUUUUUAUUCAGUUUGCGACUAACCAACCCAUUAAAGGUCACAUUACGAUUUUAAUGACGUAUGGUCGAUGUUAUUUCUUUUUUUUCUUAAUUCUACAUGGUAUGUAAUUUCAGGAUUUUUAUUUAUUUAAGCUUAGACCUACAUCAUAGUCUGAACAAUAGGGGGUUAAUUAUAUAAAUUAAAUAUGUACCAUGAGCACCAUCUGAGAGUAUAUAGAGAAUAAGACAUACCAAGAUUUACGGACUAUACGUAUCUUGAUCGGUCGGCUCAGUUCGUGAGCGCUCGGACGGAACCCAAGAGAUCGCGGGUUCGAGUAUUGUAUUUUUCAUAAAUUUUGGUUACAAAUUCUAUUUGUAUAAAUCAUAGUCAAUAAAUUUUCGGAAGCGCAUGUAAUUAGUUCGUUAGUUUUUUGGUCAAGAUAAACCUUCCAUGUUUUAUUUGUUACUAAUUAUUUAAGUAUGUUUUUGAGGGCACUUAUUAUGAAAACUCGUUUUGUAAGACAUUUCGGAUGUGAAUUCGGAGCAGUUGGAAUUGAGCACUGGAACUGUCAGUCGGAUUAUGCGAUUAGCAUUAGGGCUCAAUUUCUUGUUAAUGUUGUUAUCAAUAGCCAUAUAUAAUAUUGUGUCUUCGAUAUCUAAGUUCUAAAGUAAAUAUGUGCAAAAAGGUGUGUGAGAGAUAAAGCGAUUCUAUCUGUAUUAAUAACUAGCCUAUGGAAAAAGGACUUGUAUUGGAUGCACAGUCACAUUGUCUCUUUCUAGAGAGGUUUCUCUUUCUACAUGAUGGUAUUGUUCAGUUUACUCCCUACAAUCUGAUGUGAUUUUGUUUUUCUUAAAUAGUCAUUCGUUAGCGUUAUCCAGUUGACUAGUUAUUUCUAUAAGUAUAAUAGACAUGAUUUUUCAAAGAAAUAGAUUUAAAACAGAGAUGUAAAACAUUCUCUGCUUGCGAUGACAUACAUAAUCGUAUAUCGACUAGUGUAGUGUGUCAUUUAUCGAUAAGCGCAUGUCAAUUUAUUUCAUUUAGGAAUCGAUUCAGAUAAUCGAUAAAUUCCAAUAACAUUAAUGCUUUACAUUAGUACUGUAAUAUUAAUUUGCUAGGACAUUCACUCUUAAAUUAACAUGACAUAUCGUAAGCAUAUUUACGAAGAUAAACUCCUAUUAAGGAUUUUUUAAAGAAUAAAUUUAAACUUUAGAGCUACGUGUGCGACUUAGAUAGAUGAUAUAGUGGUAAGUGUAGUUUUUCAUGUCGUCACAAAUAAUAUUUACGUCACAAGUUUGAAGUCGGUUUUCAACGGUUUUAUUAAACCGGGUUUAUGUAAUUAUAAAACACUUCAGCUAGCGACCAAACCAUGACAAAAAAGAUGAAUGCAUUGUACCUAUCCUUUGACUCUCAACAUAUUAUGCUCAAUAUGAAAUACCUUUGGUUUUAAUAUUAAUAAUUAUAAUAUUGACACACUUUUACACAAAUUAUCAUGCCCCAAACUAGGCAUAGGGUAUGGGUACAAGACAAUGAUAUAUACAAUAUAAUUUACAUAGUUACAUAAUAUAAACAUCCAUGACUUUGAAACAAACAUCUUUAUUCAUCAAGUAAAUUAAGAGUAUUAAGAGCCAUAAGUUCAUAAUUCAUUAGAAUAUGUCGAGAUUAUAUUUAUGCAAAAGAAAGAAAAGUCACGGUAGUGCAAUUCUAUAAAUGUAAAUUUGUUGAUAAAUCCGUAUGUAUAAGGUGUAUGUGGGUUGGAAUUUAUAUAUAAUAUCUUUAAGGUAAGAGCUUGUCUCUAGCAUAUUGUUGUAGCUGUCAGUGUUAUGAAAGAUAAUGAAACAAACUUAUAUAAUAUGAAUUUAAUAAUUUAAUUUUAUAUAAUAUAAUUUGAAUUUCAGACACGUCGUUUAUAUUGUUUUUUUUUAGGAAUUAUUAUGUAAUGUUUGGUACUGAAUCAAUAAUAAUAUGAUAACUGUAGUAUAGUAUAUAAAAAAUUAUCUUACCGUGAGUGGCUUUGGCGUAAUUUGACGUUUUUAGAUAAGAUAUUCAAAUCAAAUCAAAAUAGUUUAUUCACGUAGGUCACGGAAAUGAUACUUAUGAAUAUCAAAAAAAAAUUCUUAUUGAAUCUACCGCUACUUCGUAAAGGGUUGAGCUAAUGAGAAGAAGUAGCAAGAAACUCAUUGCCACUCUUUUAUAUCAAGAUAUACAUUGAAUUUCAUCGAUUUACAAAUAAUUUCAAAUUACAAUAUUAUAAUACGUAAAAUGAUGCAACAGACACACUCAAACGUCAAAUAGUCAAUUUCUUACACGAGUAAGUAAAAAAAGUAAAUGUUAAUUAAUAUAAAAGUUAUUGAGUACAGUAGCUGCAUCAUCCACACACACCAUAAAUAAAUAAAGGUAUUGUGUGAGCAUUUUAUAAGCGAUUAUAAAUAAAUAAUAUAUAAUAUUCUAUAUUAUCUCUUAUGUUAGCAUCAACCAGAGUUGUACAAAUUAUAUAUAAAAAUUAUAAUAAAAAUGAAAAUGGAGAAUAUAUAAACCAAUUUUAAAUAUCUGAAUUUAUCGGCUUUUAUCUGUGGUAGUUUUUAGCCUGUGAUAUAGUAUACAUAUUUAUUACUUAUUAUUUAACCGUAGUGCAAAUUGUAGAUGCCUAAUGUAAUAUAAUGUGAGUUAUAUUGCGUAGGAUUCCAAUAUUAUUGUAAUUACACAAUUAUAUAAUAUAUCAUUUCAUAUUAUUCCGUUUGUUACGGAGGAGCAAGUAUUUAGGUAGCAACUUGCCAUGAUAUCUUUGUGAUGAUUUAGUACAAUUGUUCUAACAGCUUAAGUACAUAUAGUACACAUACUUUGUGUUAUAAUUAGUAAGUUAGGCCCGAUUUCAUCAAUGAGUCUCACUUCAAACUGAGUUUAAUAAAACUCCGUUUUACGUAAACGAGUUCAAAUGCCACACUUGAUAUUUCAUUAAACAAAGUGAUUUCACCAAUACCUUUUGAGCGUGUUGACGUAAAGUGGGUUUACAGGUCAUAAACAACAGUGCAAAUACCUGUCAAAACUGUCAUUGAUAAGUAUGUAACAAAAUCAACAUUGUUAUAAGUCAAUGUUUAUAUUACGAUUACGAUAGUGACAGCUCUUGAACGCGAUCAAAUAUGCUGAAAGUCCAAAAUUCGGCGGUCAGCAUUUAAACGCGUUUAGGCUAUAACUGCGUUUAGUUUGUGUUGGUGAAAACAGAAUUGAAUCUGUAAAAUCGCUUACAGGCGUAAGCUUUGUUCAAAGUGCUCUAAUCGCGUUCUAAUUCAAUGGUGAAAUCGGGCUUAGUAUUGCAUUCACUACAUACCCCUUACAGACAAUAUUGGCAGUGAAGUAAGGCGAGAUUUUAAAAUGAAUUUUGUUGAUUUUCAAUUAAAAUAGAAAAUUUUUAUUGCUUUAUUUUGUUAUGGUAUUAUAAUAUAAUGUUAAUGUUGAAGGUUCUGUUGUGUUGGGUUUCGUUACUUAAAAGUAUAAUGUAUAAAAGUUUUUUUGAGCUUUUUUCUCAUGCUAGCUGUAAGUAUAACAUGAAUUGUUUUAAAAUAUGUUUGCCAAAAUGAGAUAUUGUAAUGAAUUAACUGAAAUGUUAAAUUGAAUUCAUUUUGUCCGGGAUGUGGGUCCAUUAUGUUUAACACGGGUAUUUAAAUAUUAGAUCGAGUUAUAAUAUGUUGAUUAAAAUUUUAAAAUAAAUACUUAUUUUGCGAAUGGCUAAAAGCGGACAAACGAGACGUUUAGUCACUGUAAACUGUCAUGGCUGGAUCAACUGACAAUAUAGUUGUAAAAAAGUGUGUGUGUGUGUACUUAUGUAUGAACUCAAGAAGUUAUACUUCUUUGGCUUAACGAAGCAAAAAUCAUUAAAAUUAUUUAUUCCUCGUGCUAUUCUACGUUUUUAGAAAGAACAAUUUUUGUAAAAAUCUUGCAAAGAUGGCUUUGAAAUUAAUUAUUAAAUAAUGAAUACGCCUGUAUGGGCUUGAACCCUUUGCCUGUCCUAAUAAGGGACGAAGAAACCAAAAAAAAAAUAACGAAUGUCGCAAACGACAGAAAAUUUUAGGAACCUACUUCAAUCUACUUUUGUGUUACAGUGAUACGCGCAUCUUAAAAUUUCACUAUCAUCAUUUUCCGCGCAUAAAGAAGUGUAAUUUCAAAAUGAUUAAUCAAUUCUAUUUUACUUAGUAUUUUCUUUGAUUAACGCGUGUGUUAACAUUUAAAUAAAACACUUUUAAAAAGAUGAAAACGCAUGUAAAUGUAACUGUUUUAAAAUUAGUUUUUGCUUAAAUGUGCAAUCGAGUCCCACUGAAAACGUGCUCUGAAAAGGUCCCGAAAGGUCGGGUUAACUAAAAAAAUAACAAAAAUGUUAUUUAUACUCAAAAAUCAAUGGAAACCACAGAUACGAGUUUUAAUCCCUUAUAGAGUGUUUUAUUUCAAUGGUAUUGUAGUAAAUAAUUCAUCUGGAUUAAACAAUUUAAAUGAAGUUAUCACACAACUGCACUCUGCAGUUAAACUUUACCUCCAAUAUAUAUACAUCUACAAUACGAACAUACAUCCUUCUCGAAGACCGGUAGCGAUCUUGUGUCUCCGUCAUGCAAGAAAUCAUGGAACGAUCAGUGGACAACUGUCCACUAGAAGUCACGAGGAUCAAGUUGACUGUUUACACCAUUUCUUAACGUAAUGGACUUACAAAUUUUGAGACUGUAUUCACCUGAGCAAUGAAAUCUUUUUAUAAUAAAACUAUUGGGUUUAAAUAUCUUUGAAAAAUUACAUUUGCACUUUGGCUUAUUCGUGUAACGCGUUGGAUAUGAUUUAUGAAUUAUAAAAUACACCAUUCGAUAAGCUUUGAUUUGAUUUAAAUGAUUUGAUUUAGUUAGCGUUAAGUGUGAUUAACGCCCAAUUAAUAACGGCUUUCAAGAGAGCAUGGGCUGCGGUGAUAGCGGGUACGCUAUCACCGCAGCCCUAUAUAACCCGUAUAUAGUAGGGUACUACUAUCAGCUAGACCCUACGCAUGUUUGUCCUACUAUCAAAAGUAAUGUUGCUCAGGUGGGUACGUAGCCUUAAAGACUUGAUAAAAUAUUUUUAAUAAUCUAAUUCCGAUUGAGUUGACCACCGAUAUUUUAUUAUUUUUAUAAUGAAAAUAUUUUGUUUAUUCAUUCAUAGUGUGAUACAGUCGUGAAGUAAAACGAUUUUCGUCAUUGCCCUGUCAAUACGGGUAGGUCAAUGACCAAAAUUAUUUUUUCUUCGCGACCGUAUUUUAGUUGAAAAUAUAGAGAUCAUUUUUUGAUAUUGUAGCUUACUUCUUAAGAUAUUAUGUACAAGGCCUGCGGUUCGUGAAUUAUAUCUAGUGUUAGCAAAUUGUAAAGUCGUUUUCACGCGAAUUUUAUACUAAAACUUAAGUUUUAUUUCUUAAAAAAAUGUACCUGAACUGACGUGACUUAUAAUUUUUAUUACUUUUUUUUCCUGAAAAGCUUUGGUGGUUUUUAUUGCCUUGGCUUGUUUAGUUACCUGUGAUAAUAGUCCUUACAAACUUCCGCAUUGUUUGCCCAUCUUGCGACCUGUAUCAUAAAUUGUCAACAAAUCAUUUUAUUCAUAGCACGCCAAAAUGAUUAUUACUUCAAUAACUUUGGUUAUAGUACUGCACACUACAUUCUUAAUAGUGAAGGAAUUGAAUUUUCUUUACAAUGUAUCUAUGCAAUACUACAUUAUAUUGGAUUUUGUACAACAUACAAAUGUAGCCAUGUCGCUUCCCCGCAAAAAAUGAAAGCUAAUUUUUACAAGUUUUUUAGUUGUUUCUCAGUUAAAAGAUGGAAAUAAACAAGUUUUAACGUUCUAUGUUCAAUCGUUCUUAAGAAGUAGACUGCAGUCGCGCGUCGGACCUGAUAUUUUUUUAUAUAUAUACUUUUUUACUGUGGUACAAUAUUUGGCUGUUUUCUUUGAGUUGAGUAUGAGGUUUGGGGAUAUCUGGGGAUUUGAUUUAAAGCCAUAUAAGUUUUAUAAUUUGAAGCAUUAUACAAAAUGUUAUGGUUCUAUUAUUAUAAGUACAGUUAAUGGUAGGGGGGUUAUUUUAUAACUAUUUUUUUAUUUAGCUAGAUCAUUUAAAAUGUACGAUGAAAUAUAUUGAGUCAUUAUUGCAAACUUUGUUUACUACUGUUCUAUGAGGUGUUCAAAUCAUAGAUUUUGAAUAUACUAGCGUAUAUAUGACCUGCCCAAUAAUGCGUGGUUUAAUAUUAGAUUAUGGAUUGUUCUCCGCUGCGCUCCAACAAGAUACCUCAGGCGUAGUCGUUAAGUGCGGCAACUAAUACUAUAUAAUAGUAUCGAACAAUGUGUGAGGUUGAUGUGCCGCAUAGUCUGUUAAACUUGGCUAAUAAUUGAAACUAAAAUGCCGGGUUGCGUAGUAAAUAAAUACUACAAGAAAUAAGAAAGCCACUGGUAUCACAUAUCAGUAUUUUAUUAAUUUCAAUGUAAAAUAACACGAAGCGUAUGUUACAAAAUAAGACAGAUGCCAUUGAGUGUCAAGAUGCCUCUUACAAGCUUCUAAUAGUUCCCGUAAUAAAAAAGCUAUUGUUCUUAGGUAGUGCGGUAUCUAGUUGGGGCGCAGCGGAGACAAAUUUUCAAUAAGGGUUUAAUAUUUACUAAGGAGCAAAAAUCAAAAUCGGUUACAGUAACAAUAGAUUCGCUUACAUUUUCUAUCUUGUUUUAUGUCCGUUAGAGAUGUUCUUCUCUGUCGCAAGCCUUGUUCGUCUAUGCGCUAGAAUAUUGAAAGUCUCCACCAGUAGGAGGCUCCUUUGCACACGAAGCCGGCUAGAUUAUGGGUACCACAACGGCGGCUAUUUCUGCCGUAAAGCAGUAAUGUGUAAACAUUACUGUGUUUCGGUCUGAAGGGCGCCGUAGCUAGUGAAAUUACUGGUCAAAUGAGACUUAACAUCUUAUGUCUCAAGGUGACGAGCGCAAUUGUGGUGCCACUCAGAAUUUUUGGGUUUUUCAAGAAUCCUGAGCGGCACUGCAUUGUACUGGGUAGGGCGUAUCAAUUACAACCAGCUGAGCGACCUGCUCGUCUCGUCCCUUAUUUUCAUAAAAAAAGUAUAUGGUACCUACCAAAUUAUUAUUUUUAACGAUAAGUACGUGCGGUGUUGCGCUUGACAGCAGCUCCAUCCCUCGUACCACUAUAAACAGCGCGCGGUGAUAAGCGGUUCCCAUUAUAUAGGUUGCGAUUACUAAGCGACAGUUUUACGACACGUUUCUAAUAUUUAUCAGCUCUCGGCGAACAAACGAUAUUGUGUAAUUUAAUUCUGUUACUACAAGAACCUUAAGUUUUUUAAAAUUGUAAUUAACCCUUUUAGCAAUUCUCUUGCCAGUGAUUACAUCUCAUUCUUAAAUUUUCCAUUGAUAGUUUAGUCUGUGUUUCGUAAUGUAAACAUUAAUAGUUAUUUGUGCAAUUGUUGUGUAAUAAGGGGUAUUAUAACACGAAUGUGGGCUUAUCACAUGAGUGUUUUAAUACCUAACUAUCAACAGUUGCAUACAAGCCUUUAUCUACACUCAUAAUAUGAAUCUGCUUUAAAAGAUCCUGAAAAAGUUAGCUUACUGCUCACAUAAAAAAAGCCAGUCCUAGUAACCAUUACAUGAUCCAAACGAGUGUUGUAAUGUUGUGCUGAAUUUCAUUACAACACUUAUUUAUUUAUUAGGGCAUUGGGUGUUUUAAUGUUGGCAUUAAGCUAACAGUUUUCGGAUCUUUAAUAGAGGUUUUAAAGCAUGGAUGUAGAUAAAUGAAUUUUAUGUCUAGUUUGUAUGACCAUGCUUUUGUUGUUAGCAGUUACCAAUAAGAAAUUACCAAGGGACAAAUAGAAAAAUAUAUGUUGUAAAUGUGGUGGCCGCAUAUAAUUGCAACUAGUUAUACCGAAGGUCAGAAGGUAUCAUAGAGACGUUGCUUAUGUAUUUCUUUAAUUGAACGGUAAAACAUAAUUUGAAUAAGACUGCGAUUUGACAUUGGACAUGAUUCCAGUAUUAGAAUUGAUUGUCUGAAGUCCGCGUAAAUUGAGACCUGUUUUGUCCAUCAGUGUGAAAUUAAGUAGAAAAUAGUCAAUUCUUUUGUUACAACCGCUUCAAUUGUUUCUAACCUCAAGGAUUCUUACUCGAACCGAGAGUUUCCCGUUUAGCAUUGAGCAUGUACAAACUAGUCGGAGCUUAAUGUAAUUCGAAUGACUAAGAACUUUCUUGGAUUAUUAUUGUUUCAGUUGAAGAGGAAAAAGUCUUGGCAAUUUUCGAUGGCUUACAUUUAUGUUGAUUACUGAUGAGUCAGCGCAUCCUAGACAAUGAAUCACAGAAUAAUUUUACUAGGUUCUUAUUAAUCUAAUUAAAUAUUGGAUAUUUAAAAAAAAAAACAUAAAUUAUCUGUAAAUUGAAAACUUUUUAAAAACUUGCUGUGUUCUACAAACAAUAGUGAACCCAAAAAAAAUAUAGUUUACAGAAUUUUUGGUGCUUGUGCCACUCGGACUGAAGGUGGUUAGAAAUGAAAAGAAUCUAAUUAAUCAAUAUUAUAAGUUUACCGUUCGUCAAAUAGAUUCCUAAUGAUUACUCAUUGGUUGCGAAUGUAUGUGGCUGCUCUUCUAUGUUACUUAAAUAAAAUAUAUUUUGUUUACAUAA